AUGCAAUCCAUCAACGUCGACGUUCUGGUAUGCGGCGGGGGAAUGUCGGGGAUGGCAUGUGCCUCCUUCGCAGCGCAAUCCGGAGCUCGAGUGCUGGUCGUUGAGAAGCAAAGCACCGUCGGCGGCUCGUCCAACUACUCGGCAGGCAUGUUCUGGGGCCCUCAGACCUACGAGAAACUCAGAUCCUGGGUCCCGGAUGGAGAUCCCCGCUUGCAACGCGCUUGGCUAGACGAUUAUCUACGUGCCGUGCAAUGGAUGCGCGAGAAUCAGGUCCCUACGGCGCCGCGGUUUGACGGAAUCAUGACAAUCGGAAUCGGCUUCCCAAUCAAGGUCCCGCACCUCCACAGCCUACAUCGCCGUCGAAUCCAGUCCAGCAACACCGGAUCCGAGAUCUGGACAAACAGCGCAGUCGUCAAGCUUAUGCAGAAAUCCCCGGGGGUCCCAGGCUCGCGCAUCACGGGUGCUAUUGUUCGUCGCGGAGCCGCCUCCUAUCCUCAGGAGCCCGCGACAUACUGCCAGGUCACAGCACGGAUGGUCGUCUUAGCCACGGGCGGUUUCCAGGGAUCAUCCAGCCUGACGUCGCAAUACCUCGGCCAGGGCGCGGACAACAUCUUCGUGCGUUCGAACAAGGGCUCCGUGGGUGAUGGACUCAAUCUCGCGGUCGCGGUUGGAGCGGCGACGAGUAGGGGGAUGAACACCUAUUAUGGGCACCUGAUGGCUGCACCGCUCAGCGCGGACCAAGUAGACCCCAAGGACUACCUCCCCCUGGCGCAAUACCAGAGUAAAUACUGCCUGCUGCUCAACGAGGCCGGGCGGCGCUUCGCUGAUGAAACUACCGGCGACGAGAUCAUCAACCAAUACCUCGCAAAGCAAGAGAAACGGCGAGGGUUCCUGAUAUUCAACGAGAAAACACGCCAGCAGCACUGCGUAUCAUCCCUGUUCCCCAACGCAGGCGAUAUCGAUCGUCUACAGAAAGCUCGCGAGCACGGAUGCAAUGCCGGCACCGCUUCCACACUCGGUGAACUCGUUGAUGUCCUCGCCGGUUGGGGCGCCGACAGGGCUGGCGCCAUGAGAACCAUUGACGAGUACGACCGGGUGGUCCGACAAGGGGAACCGGGGUUGGCGCUGGACGCUCCUGUUGGUAGAGGAGGAGCGCCUCCUGGCCCAUUGGUAGAAGGGGAAGGACCAUUCUACGCAAUGGAAGUGCAGCCGUCCAUCACAUUUACCUACGGUGGCAUAAAAAUCGACCGGGAGGGCUACGCCCUGACUGCGGAUGAUACUAGAAUCCCUGGCCUUCUGGUCGCCGGUGUCGAUGCGGGCGGGUUUAGUAAUCUAGGAUAUGCAGGCGGCCUAGCACUCGCUUUUGUAACGGGUUUCUGGGCUGCGAAGAAGGCCGCAAGAGAAUUGGAUCUCCCUCUGCCGGCGCUGCCGCCUGCGAAUCCGGGAGAUGCAGAAGCUUUCCCAGUAAAGGGCCGUCUAUGA